AUGCCUCGCGAGAAUAGCUUUUCAGAUUCAGAGGGACGUUCCCUCACGCCUGACCUCGAAGACGAGGAAAUAGCCGAGCGUCGUGCAGCUUCUCCAACGGCAAUAUCACCUCGACAAAGGCAUCACCGAUCACCUGGAGGCGGGGCACACCACUUACAGCUGGUACGCACUCGUACGGGUUCCAAGAGAUCAAUACACUCCCAAGCCAGUCACCAAUCCGCCGCCGCGUCAAUCCCUUCCGCUUGGCAGCAGCUGCCACCCCUUGAACGGUUCCGUUCUUUGGCCCGGAGAGUUAUAGCUCUGCGUCGUGGGGCGUCCAUAUUCGAGGUCGGCAUGACUUCACGCGUUGGGGCUGAGCCUGGCGUGAACCCCCGACGGCCUACUGCAGAGGCGUUGUAUGGGAACAUCCAUAAAGAAUGUGUGAUUGAGGUGUCGGAUUACUCGUCCAUUCGCAGUAACUUUCGGAAGAUAUCCAAUGCGGAGUUCGUGGAUCUCAUCGACGAUGAUAAUGCGGGUCAGAGGGAGCCUUGGGUGAAGGUGCGUUGGAUAAACAUUGGUGGUUUGAGCUGGGACGUCAUCAAAGCCGUCGCGAUCAAAUAUGACCUUCAUCCAUUGGCGUUGGAGGACGUGUUCCAUGGCCAUAUUCGAAAUAGGUCAAAAGCGGACUAUUACAGCCAGCAUCUUUUCUUACGAGUUCUUUGCCAUGAACUUAAUCGGGAUGAGAAGAAACAGAGCGAAUCUUUUGGUUUCCCAAGUCAUGCGGACCGCUCAUCCUCUCCAGAACCAAUAAAGGAGGAGGAUGAGGAGGGUACUCCACACGAGUCGCGUGGCAAUGGUCAUGACGAAAGCGCUAAAAUAAGCCUCUCAAAGUCGCGCAGAUCGUCAACAAUGCGACGAAGAACUGGCCCUAUCCUGCCGUCCACCCAAGCUGACAUUCCUCCAACACCGUUGACCCCAGCAUGGAAUUCCCCUAGUCGCCUCACUUCACUGCUCAAGAGGGAAGCACAGCUCAAAGACGUUAGGGAAAGGCAAAAGGUAGCGGAAGUGUCCGUGGCAGCGUUGAAACAGGACGGCCGUGUAAAUGUGAAUGUGUCCCCAAUGUUCAUAUUCCUCUUCCGAGAUGGAACUGUCAUCUCGAUACAUCCAACACCCGACCUCUCCCUGACCGCACCCAUAACCCAACGCCUACGCCAACGUGAUACCGUUCUCAGGAAGUCUGCCGACGCGUCUUUGCUGGUGCACGGUAUCCUUGAUCUGAUUGUCGACAACGCCCUCCAAGUCAUUGACGAAUAUCAAAUUAAAAUCAACAACUACGAACGCGAUAUCCUACUCAAACCCAGUAUGAAGACCGUCAAGCAACUACACAUUCUUUCAGGCGACCUGAUACUACAUAAACGAACCUUGGAACCCAUCAAAACACUCCUUUAUGGCCUUAGGCGGUACGACGUUGAUCGUUGUGCCGCUCUCAUUGAUUCUUCCGAUCCGACGAAUGCGGAUGUCAAGGUUGUUGGGUUUAUGAGCCACAAAUCCAAGAUAUAUUUGGCGGACGUUUUUGACCAUAUGGAGCAUAUCCUCUCUAGUCUUGACAUGUUUGCUGGCAUUGCAGAGAACCUCAUUGACUAUACCUUCAAUCUGGCUUCGUAUGAAAUGAACGAAGUGAUGCGUCGAUUAACUCUCGCAACGAUCAUUUUCCUCCCCCUUACCUUCCUAACUGGGUAUUUCGGUAUGAACUUUGUGAAAGAGUGGUCUGUCCAACACAACUCGGACCUUUUGUUUUGGGAGAUCUCCAUACCGAUUAUGCUGGUCAUCACACCGCUUUUCAUGUGGUCUGACAUUCAGAAGGCAUAUCAUUUUGUGCAGAAGAAGAUGAUAAGUAAAAAAGCUGUUCAGAUGUAUAAGCUCUCUUGA